UCCUAAAAUACCCCCAUCGAGUUACAGGCCAAAUUGCGUCGACUCGCUAAUUUUAGGGUUCCAAGUCUUCAAUUCCUUCCCCUCCCAAAACCCUUGCCGCCCCUUUUUGGCUCCCAACGUCUGAUCCCCCUUUCGCUUGGUUUGAUGUUUGAUGCUUGAUGCACGUCGGCCGUUAGCAUCCGUUAGGGUUUCUGCAGCUGCCUUGCCGUGCUUCAUUUUCCUCUCUCCUGACCUUGCCAGAGAUGGUCUUGGCGCCUAGGAACGACGGCGGCAGUCAAAUUAUUCCUUUUCGCAUCCGGAGCACCAUCCAGUCCAUAAGGGAGAUCGUCGGCGACCACUCAGACGCUGAUAUUUACGCCAUGCUAAAGGAGACGAACAUGGAUCCCAAUGAAACCGCCCAGAGGCUGCUCUAUCAAGAUCCUUUUCAUGAGGUAAAAAGGAGAAGGGAUAGGAAGAAAGAGCCUACAGGUUACAAGAGCUUUUCUGAUACAAGAAAACACGUGGAACCUAAUCUUCAAUGGGCAAAAUCGUCUACAUCAUUGGAUCUGAAUUUGCAGAGAGAAAAUUAUAUCCAAAAAUCAAUACCAAGAAUUAGCAGACAAUUUCGUGUUGUUAGAGACAACCGAGCCAACCAAAAUGCCAAAGAGGAUGCUGUACAAGAAACAAUUGAUCAAUUAACUUCUAGCAUUGGAAACACUUCAUCAAGUGUCAUUGAGAAGAGCAAUGACCGAGAUAUAUUGGAGGAACAACUUUCUGUUGCACCAAAGUUAGGACAACUCAUAUCAGCAGGUUCAGGCAAGUCUAUUGAUCCACCUAGUAAUGCCAAUGAAACAGGCUCAAGUGCUAGUCAGGGGGCAUGUCAGCAUCGAGAGGCAAAGACAACUGCCCUCUCGUCCAGGACACAGGAUUUCGAUAAUAAUUAUAGGGCUCAUUCUAAAACUCCCCCAAGCAAUUCCAGUGAUAGUUUGUACUAUUCCUUCUCAGAUCCCGUGCAUGUCCCAUCUGCUAACUCUUUAUCAGCUGGAAAAGUUGGGGCUAUUCGUCGUGAAGUUGGAGCUGUUGGUGCUCAGAGACAACCUCCCAAUUAUAGGGCUUCUCAGUCAUCUGUUUCUACAAAUUCCUUUUCAAUUUCUCUAUUGAGAAAAGAUGUAUUGCCGCAGACAGAAUUACCUGGUCAUUCAAUUGCCGCAUAUAAGAGCAAUCAGUUAAACCAAGUCUCUACUUCAGUGCCUACUUUGCUCAACACACCUAUGGGAAAAUCUGCUCCAAGUAACCAACAUAAUGGCAAGGUGCAGCGUCAGUCAGUCAGUAGUCAUAAAGCCAUGCAGGUCAACAUGGAGUGGAAGCCAAAAUCUACUAGAAAACCCAAUAUUGAUGUACCAGCUACAUAUGGAACUGUUUCAGCUGCUCCAUCUUCUGCUGAUAAUUCGAUUAGCUCAAAGGUGAUUGAUGUUACUGGACUGUCUAAGAACUUGUCAAAACUUAGUAUCCUAGAAAAUCAACACGUAAUCAUACCCCAACAUUUACAAGUUCCAGAAUCGGAACUUGCACGCUUGACAUUUGGCAGUUUUGAAGUUGGAUUUGACACAAACAAAUAUACGUAUAACCAAUCUCAAAGGGCAGAUGAUGUUGCUGAUGAACCUUCUAUGAGUUCAUCAGCUUCACCUCCACUUGUCUCUAAUGAGGACACUUUUACUGUUAUUAAUGGGGGUACCAUGGACGUCCAAGUUAGAACCUCUCAAUCUGACUAUCCUGCAUCAGUUGCAGAAUCUGAGGAACUGCCAACUGGAAAUGAGUCUACAACUCAACAUAUUGGAAGUUAUGCAGACAUUGGAUUAGUCAAAAGUGGCAGUCUUUACAAUUCUGAACAACAAUUAAAAAAUCCAGAAAGCUUGUCGAACUUUGGAGCCUAUGACAAUCAAAGUGGUUAUGAUGUGCCAUUUUUAAGAACAGUUAUGGAAGACAAUGCACACAUUCAGGACUUGGCUUCAUCUUCUGAGGUGUUGAACUCACUUGCUGCUAGUUUCAGUCCUUUAUCCAAUGUGGCUGUCACACAGCAGCAACAAUUUGUUCAUCAGCCUCAGCAGUCACUUCCGCAGAUGUAUCCCCAAGUUCACAUGCCACAUUACCCUAACUUUGUUCCAUAUCGGCACAUAUUUUCUCCAAUCUAUGUUCCUCCAAUUGCAAUGCCAAACUAUUCUAGCAAUCCUCCAUAUCCUCACCCGUCAAAUGGAAAUAAUUUUGUUCUGAUGCCAGGAGGAAGCUCACAAAUCUCACCUGACACCAUGAAAUAUGCCCUGCCACAGUAUAAACCACUUCCCACUGGUAGUCCUACUGCCUAUACCAGCUAUAGCAAUUCUGCUUUUAGUAUUAGUUCUCCUGUUGCUGUUGGCAGUACAACAGGCAUUGAAGAUUUCAGCAGGGUCAAGUAUAAAGACAGCAGUCUCUAUGUGCUGAAUCAACAGGCAGAGACAUCUGAUUUAUGGAUUCAGACGCCCAGAGAUGUUCCAAACUUGCCGUCGGCUCCUUACUACAAUUUACCAGCACAAUCACCACAUGCUGCAUUUAUGCCUGGUGCACAUGCUGGCCAUGCUUCAUUCAGUGCUGCAGCACAGAUUCCACAUGUCCAGUACCCUGGCCUGUACCAUCCAACUCAACCAGCGUCCAUAGCAACACCUCAUCAGUUGUUGCACCAUCAGGUCUCACCAGCCAUUGGUGGAGGCGUUGGGGUUGGGCUGGCAGCUCCAGGCCCUCAGGUCGGAACCUAUCAGCAGUCACAGCUUGGUCUUGGUCAUCUAAAUUGGACUGGCAACUUUUGAAGAUGUACUAUCUGCCUCAUUCAAGGGAAGGCGUGGGCAAUUGUCUGUAAUUGGAAGAAAUUUUCUUAGCUAAAUGACUGUCAGGUAUAUUUAAAACAAUACAAUAACAGACUUGCGCAUUAUUUA